UUCCGUGUGCACUUUUGUUUGCAAAACCGAGUUCGCUCGAAAUUAAUUCUUCCUGAUUUAGUAGCGAUCGGAUUGAAACCCGGACACAGUUGGUCUGUCAGUAUUUUUAAAAUAAUGCUAAAAAUAAGUAACGUAAUUUAAAUCUUUUGAUUAACUCGUCUUGGCGGUGUACUUUGAUGCCUCUCGGGCUAGCUAGCUGCUUUCGCUAGCACAUAGUUUGGGUGAAAUUGUAAAAUUGUUGUGAUUAUCGUACGGGAAUCAAAAUGUGCGCAAGGACGACACAAAAGUACAGGAAGGAACUUUAUGGAAGCAAAAAAGAAGACGAGCGACAAUGUCGAUUGGUGGACGCCGUUCGCUUGCAGCCCCGUGUUGUGUUACUCAGACUAGAUAGUGAAGAGUUUUAUCCUGAGCAGCAGGAGCCGCCACGUCCUCACGUUAAAGAGGAAGACGAGGAUGAAGAGGUCCACCGCAUCAAAGAGGAAUUGAACCCGAGUCGUGUUAUAGCUGAGGCGCCAGCGCGCUGGAACAUCAAAGAGGAAGAGGAAGAUAUCACUAUAUUUCCUUGGAUUGGUGUCACUUUGAAGAACGAACGCAGAGGGGGAAGCGAGGAGGGCAGAGGGGCGGAGCCUGCGAGCAGCCGCUCGAGUCGACGCGCGACAUCAAGCGGCGAUGGAGACCGCGACGGAGGAUCACAAGCAGCUCCGCUACCCGACAGCGACAACGCAAUGUCACGCUCUUUUGACUCCGAUCAGGAGGUGUUUGACAACAAACACUGGAAAUGUUCCCAGUGUGGCAAAAUGUGUCAUUACAGGUCGACUUUCAAGCGGCACAUGAGGAUGCACACCGGAGAAAAGGCGUUUGCCUGCUUAGUUUGUGGUAAAAGAUUCGCUGAAAAGGCAAACUUAAAAUUGCACACAAGAACGCACUCUGGAGAGAAACCUUUUCCAUGCUCGGAUUGUGGUAAAAAAUUCAUUCAUAAGGGAGUCUUAACACAACACAUGAGAACACACACAGGAGAGAAACCUUUUUCCUGUUCAGUGUGUGGCCAAAGAUUCUCCAGGAAGGGAAACUUAAAAAUGCACGCAAGAACACACACUGGUGAGAAACCUUUUUGCUGCUCAGUUUGCGGUCAAAGAUUCUCUCAAAAGGGAACCUUAAAAAUGCAUACGAUGAUGCACACCGGAGAGAAACCUUUUUCCUGCUCAGUUUGCGGUCAAACAUUCAUACGGAACGGGCACUUAAAGAUACACGCAAGAAUCCACGCUGGUGAUAAACCUUUUUCCUGUUCAGUUUGUGGCCAAAGAUUCUCAAGAAAGGGAAACUUAAAAGUGCACACAAGAAUACACACUGGUGAGAAACCUUUUUGCUGCUCAGUUUGCAGUAAAAGAUUCGCAGAGAAGGGAGCCUUAAAACUGCACACAAGAACACACACUGGUGAGAAACCUUUUUCCUGCUCAGCUUGUGGCCAAAAAUUCUUUAAUAAGAAAGACCUAAAAGUACACAUAAGAAUGCACACUUGAGACAAACAUUUUUUCUUGCUCAGUGUGGUGCAAAAGAUUCACACAGAAGAGGAAAUGCACGCUGGUGAGAAACCCUUUUCCUGCUCAGUUUUUGGUCAAAGAUUCAGAAGGGGCGGGCUAAGGCACACAAGUGAAUCGCAGUAAGCCUCUAAUCCAAAGGUAAAAUUUCAAAAUCGAAUUGAAUGACUAUAUUGCUAACUUACAAAAACCUAAAACGUUUUGCUCUGUGUAUUGUCUUUAAUUUUAUCUUCUUGUCCGUAUGAUUUUUAAAAACGUGCCGGUGACAAGUGUGAAGAAUGAUCAGGAACUGUAAUGAGUGAAAAUGGCGAAACGAUGGAAGCCGGUGCUGUUUAAAAAAAAAAAAUGAGCGGUGAAAUGGCUUCUUGUGGAAAGAUGACAAACACGUCAUCCCAUACAUCUCAUAUUGUUUAAUUUCUUUAAUUUUUGUCCAUGUGCGGCAGUUGUUCAUAUGAUGAUGCAAUGUUAUAUGGCAACAAUAUGAAAUAAGAUGUUUACUGCAAUAAAUGGAUUUUUGGAAAUUCAA